UAUUUUCCCAUUUCCCCUUCGAAUUUUCCAAAUUAACCGCUCCGCUUCAGCUUCUUGCCCUUCUUCUUCUUCUGCUCUCCCACUGAACACCGUUGAAGUUCGGAAUGGACGGCGAUGAGUUGACUGAGCAGGAGACCGCUCUUUACGAUCGCCAAAUUAGGGUUUGGGGCGCUGACGCCCAGCGAAGGUUGAGCAAAGCUCAUAUUCUAGUAUAUGGAAUAAAAGGGACUGUUGCUGAGUUUUGCAAGAACAUUGUACUGGCGGGUGUUGGUAGUUUGACUUUGGUGGAUGAUCGGGAAGUGACUGAAGAGGCGCUUUCUGCCAACUUUUUGAUACCUUCUGAUGAGAAUGUGUAUGCUGGGAAAACUCUAGCCGAGCUUUGUUGUGAUUCUCUCAAAGAUUUCAAUCCAAUGGUUCGUGUUUCGGUCGAAAAAGGAGAUUUGUCGAGCUUUGAUGUAGAAUUCUUUAGUAAGUUCGACGUCGUGGUUGUCUGUUGUUGCUCCCUCACAACGAAAAAAUUGAUUAAUGAAAAAUGCCGAAAGUUACCGAAACGUUUAGCAUUUUAUACAGUUGAUUGUAAGGACUCUUGUGGUGAAAUUUUUGUUGAUCUCCAACUCCAUAGAUAUUCAAAGAAAAAACUCGAGGAAACUGUUGAAUGCGAACUGAAGUAUUCAAGUUUUGAGGAAGCAAUUUCAGUGCCUUGGAGAACACUUCCUAGGAAAGCAUCAAAGGUGUACUUUGCCAUGAGAGUAUUAGAAAGGUUUGAAGAGGUUGAGGGACGUAGACCUGGGGAAGUCUCAAUUGAAGAUCUUCCUGGUGUUCUGAAGUUGAAAAAGGAGCUUUGUGAGGCACAGUCCCUGAAUGAAUCUCAUAUUCCCAACGGCCUCCUAGAAAGACUGGUGACAAAUGCAAGAGAAUUCCCUCCAGUCUGUGCCAUCAUAGGGGGAAUUCUUGGGCAGGAGGUUAUUAAAGCUAUAUCAGGCAAAGGAGAUCCGCUGAAGAACUUCUUCUGCUUUGAUGCUACGGAUGGAAAAGGCAUAAUAGAGGACAUAUCGAGCUGCAACACUGGAAGCUGAACGCAAUGGGGAGAUUUACAUAUGCCGUUAAGGAAAUUAAAGGAUAUUGGUGACAUUCCUAGGAGAAACUGACCCCAAUUUCUGGAUUUGACUUGUACUUUGAGCUUGAGAAAUUCGACAGUUUUAAUCUCGUCCCAACUCUGCAGCUUUAGAGUGUGGCGCACUAUUGCUAACAGAACAUGGAAAACACAUGAUUCUUAGAAUGUUUAAUGGUCGUGCUUUGAAGACAAGUGUGGGUUAAUGC